CUUUGACGUCGACCCCAAGCUUGAAACGACAGCGAUCUAUUACUCUCUCUCUCUCUUUCUCUCUUUAUUCUUCUUCUUCUUCAUCUUCUUCCACCGUCUUCCAACUUCUCAAUUUUUUUGCCGCCUUUUCUACAUUUUCUCUGCAUUUCUCUCCGGCGGAAGUUCCUCUUCGCAUUUUCGAGAAUUAGUCUCGAGGAGCAAGAUUUCCAGCGGCUGGGGGUUUAUUUUGUUGUUGCUUAAUGAUGGUGGCUUGGGAUUAGAGCUAUUGGUUAUUAGGCAAUUGUUUAAUUGCCAGAAUGAAGAAAAAUUAUGGCUGGGUUCUGGUUGCGUCCUUGUCUAUGCUGUUGUUGAUGGUUUAUGUUAUCUCAAGAAGUUCAACUCGGCAAAAUUAUUAUGCAACGCCCUUGUACAAUUCCGUUGAUCCUCUUGAGUGGCUCAAUCCUGCAGUUCCAACUGCAGUACAAAAUCCUGAAAUUGCAUAUCAAGUGAUUUCUGCUGACUCUAUAAUAUCCAGUCUGUUCACUCCGGGGAAUUUUACGGAUGGAGAGAAUCGAGCUCUUCAGACUUGGAACCAUUUAAGAACCAUAAUUAAUCAUACACGAGGUUUGCCUAAUGCCGUUGAGGCCAUUAAGGAAGCUGGGGGUGUAUGGGAUAUUCUCAAGGCUUCGAUUGAAAAGGAAAGGCUUGGUUAUACGAAUGGAAGUGCACGUGCAAAAGAGAAGCAAUGUCCUCAUUUUCUAACUAAGAUGAAUGCUACAAAGCUUGAGCACAAUGGUCAUAAGCUGAGAAUGCCAUGUGGCCUGACUCAGGGUUCUUCAAUCACAGUCAUUGGCAUUCCAGAUGGACUUCUUGGAAAUUUUCGAAUUGACUUGACAGGGGAACCACUGCCUGGGGAGCCUGAUCCACCCCUCAUUUUGCAUUAUAAUGUUCGGCUUUUGGGGGAUAAGUUAACUGAGGAUCCUGUAAUUGUUCAGAACACCUGGACAGUUUCUCAUGAUUGGGGAGAUGAGGAGCGAUGUCCAUCCCCUGAUUCUGAUGAAAAUGGAAAAGUGGAUGAAUUGGAGAAAUGCAACAAGAUAGUGGGCAAUGUCGAAACUCGCCUUUCUGGUUCGAACAAGAAUUUUAACAAAUCAAAAUCUAUGGUGCAAGGAGAUAAAACAAGACCGUACUUCCCCUUCAAACUUGGUCAACCAUUUGCUGCUACACUUAGAGUGGGAGUAGAUGGAAUCCAGAUGACAGUUGAUGGAAAGCAUGUUACUUCUUUUGCUUACCGCGAAACUUUGGAGCCAUGGCUGGUCAGUGAAGUGAAGAUUUCAGGAGACUUGAAAUUAAUUUCUGUCCUGGCUAGUGGUUUGCCCACAUCCGAGGAUUCUGAUCAUAUUGUUAACAUAGAAGCAUUGAAAUCUUCACCCCUCUCACCGGAAAAACCAUUGGAUCUUUUCAUUGGUGUUUUCUCCACAGCGAACAAUUUUAAAUAUCGGAUGGCCAUUCGGAGAACCUGGAUGCAGUAUCCUGCAGUACAGUCAGGGUCUGUUGCAGUUCGCUUCUUUGUUGGGUUGCAUAAGAACCAAAUAGUCAAUGAGGAACUGUGGGAUGAGGCCCGAACAUAUGGUGACAUACAGAUGAUGCCUUUUGUUGACUAUUACAGCGUUAUUACCUGGAAAACGUUGGGUAUCUGCAUCUUCGGGGCAGAGAUUGCUUCAGCGAAGUAUAUCAUGAAGACAGAUGAUGAUGCCUUUGUUCGAGUGGAUGAAGUUCUUGCUUCUUUAAAGAGGAUUGAUGCACAAAGUGGAUUGCUUUAUGGACUUAUCAACUCAGAUUCUCAACCUCACAGAGACCCUGAGAGCAAGUGGUAUAUUAGCAUGGAGGCAUGGCCCGAAGAUAAUUAUCCAACAUGGGCACAUGGUCCUGGGUAUGUAGUGUCUAACGACAUAGCUAAGACUAUAUCCAAAAACUACAAAGAGGACCGCUUAAAGAUGUUUAAAUUAGAAGAUGUAGCCAUGGGAAUCUGGAUAGAAAACAUGAAGAAAGACGGCCUCAAAAUUCAGUACGAGAAGGACGACAGAAUUCACAUUGAAGGUUGUAAGGAUGAUUAUGUGGUUGCUCAUUACCAGGGACCUCGGGAGAUGCUCUGUUUAUGGCAGAAACUUCAGGAAGGAAAUGGUAUUAGAUGCUGUGGUUCUGAUAACUAAGAGGUACUAUUCUAACGGUCGAGCUAGUACAUAUUAAACAACGAUACAAGGGUCGAUCCCCCCUGAAAGAGAAGAGGUAACAUGAGAAAUUUUACACCCUCUUAACAAUUGCUGUGUAAUUAGAUGUUUGUGUAGAGAAGCCUAUGAAUUAAAGAGUUGCUUGAAAUUUUGUACAUUUCAAGUGACCGAGAGUGUCGUGUUAGAAUGAGAGUUGUAGCAUGUACAGUGGUAUAUAGUAACAAUAGGCAAUCAAUUAAAUUCUUACCAAAUCGUUGCUUC